GCACGGAUUGCUGUUGCCUGCCGGGCAUAGUAACCGUCCAGAUGGUAACAUUCGCAUCUUUACGCUUGCUCUCCUCGGCUGCCUCGUUCGCUGGGCAUCGGCCUCUCCCACUCCCACCUCCGUCGCUCUGCGUGGCAUCUCCUCGCCCUGCCGCUGCUGAAGGACGACAGCGGCCGCUCCACAUCCACCCCACAACCAUCCCGCAUCUUCCCCCAGGACCCAGCUGCUUCUCCGUUGCUGGGCCACAGGCCCUUGGCCACCACACAACCCACCUGCCCGUCCGCCUGAUGUGCCCGCGGCCGGACACCUGAUGUGUUUACUGCCCCUCCUGAUGGGGGCAUGAUGCAGCGCCUGACGGCCUCGCCACGGAAUGCCGCUCGGCCUGGGCAACCGGGACUCGUCGCAGCUUGCUCACCACCAUCACUCGUUCGCACGGCCCGAUUGGCGCCAAUCUACCUCUUGCUGCUGAUUGGAGCUGGUGCAUUGUUGCCUCGGCAGCCACGAUGUUGGUGUUUGGUGUGG